AAGCGGGGUCGUCUUGCUGGCAAGUCAACGGCCGAGGAUACGCGAUGCCGUCUACCUUUCCUGGCAUGAUAGUGUCCCUUCUGGCAUACUGCAAGGAAAUUGUUCAAGAUGCUGCCAUGGUCGUUGAAUCGUACACUGUCAUCGAAAGUACCUGCAAAAUUGGCUGCAGAUUCUACAAGUUGGAAAGGGUAUCGAGAGGUUCACACCACGCCUACGAGAAGCGCUGGUCUUACCUGCAAGCCCACGCUCUCGACUACACGAUUUGUGGAAACGACACCUCGAAGGUGUGCAUCCAAGGCUUGUGCCAAAAAAAACCAAACGAGCCACCCACGGCAACGACUAAGAAAUCUCAGCCCGUCACGGCUACGCCUUCGACCAAAGUCACCGCUAUACCGACAGCUGUCCCCACUUCGCCUUGUAUUUGCGAUUGCAGCAGCGCAGCGCCAACUAGACCACAGAUGCAUUGGAACACAAGGCAUGGGAAGUGGCCGUAUAAUCGCGUAUCCCGACCGUGAAGCUAUCCAGCAAAUGGAAAUUCACGCAGCAUUGUUACGAAUAA